AUGCAGGCAAGGUUGAUGAGCCAGAUCUCUCCGCAUGCGAUAAGAGAUGAGAGCGGGUCGGAAGGGGAGUCGACGGCCAAAGCCAUGGUGAAGACACGUGUCGAGCAAGAGGUAAAGGAAGCACAGCAGCAGCAGAAGCAGAGUCAAGAGCCUCAACAAGAUCAAACAUCUGAAGAGGUUUUAGUUACAUCCGACUCGGAGGAUUACGAGUCCUUCAGCAAUGAGGAGAAGGGCAAAGGAUCCGGGUCUGGGUCUGGAUCCGGUGGCGAAGAGACUGGUGGCCAGGAGAGCAGCAAUAAAAGAGCAGCCGGGUCCGAUGUCGAUGAUUCGGAUGACCAUAAGCGGCAAAGAGCUUCGUCACAAUGA